AUGAGGGGUGUCCUGCUGAUUGCUUUUGUGGCUUUGGUCUCAUUGCCUAGGACCCGGGCAGUAUGGUUGGGAAGGCUGGACCCUAAGCAGCUUCUGGGGUCCUGGUAUAUUCUGGCUGUGGCCUCAGGUGAAAAGGGCUUUGCAUUGGAGAAGGCCACGAAGAACAUUGAGGGCGUCGUGGUGACCCUUACUCCAGAAAACAACCUGAAAAUGCUGUCCUCCAGGCACAGGCUGGAGAGGUGUGACGUGAACGUGGUGGAGCUGCUCAGACAGAACUCGGGAUGGGUGUUUGAGAACCCCGCCCUAGGCAUUCUGGACUACCGUGUGCUGGGCACCAACUUCAGGGAUUAUGCCAUCGUGUUCACCCAGCUGGAGUUCAAAGACGAGGCCUUCAGCACCGUGGAGCUGUACAGCCGGACGGAACUGGCCAGCCAGGAGGCCAUGAGCCUCUUCACCAGGUGGAGCUGGGGCCUGGGCUUCCUGUCCCAGCAGCAGGCGUCUCUGCAGCGGGACUUCACCUGUGUGCACAAGGUCUUCCAGGUAAGCCGCUUUCCUGAGCAUCACCCAGAUCCCACCCCCUCCCCCCGAGCUCUGCAGCCUUGA